AUGGCUGAAACUAACCAAAAUGCAAUUUCAGUUGUUGAACCUGAAGAUUUUGUUGAAACUAUGAAUGGAAGUGCUAUGGAUAAUCCAAUUGUCAUCCCAUCUGAAGAUUCAUUGCUACACCACCAAAUGAUGUUGGUGCUACAGGGAAGCAAAAUUCAAGCAACCAUUCCUGGAAGAAUUGUGAAAGAUUUUGCAGAUUCUUUCAAAGAAGGUUGUGUUAGACGAUUAUCAAGAUUUGACAGUUGUCUUAAUAUUAGUGGGGGAUUCAGAUGUGCUAAGCACGAAUACAAAAUUGUGUUCAUGUCAAACACAAAUGUUGAAGCUGCAUUUAAUUUUGACAUCCCAGAUCAUGUGUUUGAGUUCACACUAUUGGCAGAAGUUACAAACUUUGUGGCCAACUUUGAUUAUUGUUUUGGCCACAUCAUGGCUUACAGCGAUCCAAUUGUUAAAAAUGAAAAGAAGAGGAUUUCAGUGGAGCUUGAAGAUGAAAGGGCUGACAAGCUAAAGGUUACUUUAUGGGGUGAACAUGCUGAUCAAGUCACUAAAUAUAUGUUUAACAAUCCUCCGUUUCCUGUGGUUCUCAUUGUUCAAUAUGUUAAGUGCAAAAAAUACUACUGCGAGUUCAAGUUACAAGUGUAUGCAAUGGAUGCUACUGGUAGCAGAAUUUUGACCCUUUUGGAUAGGAUGGUCUACAAUUUUAUCAAUAAGUCUGCAGAAAAACUCUGUGAACAGGCAGGAAAAGAUUACCCUAAAAUACUAGAUGAGAUUGUUGGCAAGAAAUGUCUGUUCAAGGUGGAUGUCUCUAGAUACAAUAUCAGGAAUAGUAGUAGUGAGAUUUCUAUUGCUAGGUUUACUACUAAUGCAGAAAUGAUCAAGAAGUACAUUGAUGAUGUUUUUGAAGAUCAGACUGCAGUAUCCUGCACUGGAGAUACAGGGAAUUUGGCCGAUGACAUGGCUGACAGUCCUCCUCCAAAAAAUAAAAGUGCAGGAAGCUGCGGUGAGGACAGUGUCAAAUCCAAUCCCAACAGACGUUUAUUUUAUUUUAAUUAUGAUGGAUGUGAAAGGAUUCACCCAGAUAUCAAUGCAAGAACUGGUAACCGCUAUCUGUUGAGAUUAGAUGAUAGUACAUCCAAACAAGCUGCUAUUAAAAAAUGUUUCUAUAAUGGUAUUGAUUGGCCUUCAAAUCAAACUACAGCAAAGUGUGUUGAUGUUAAGCGCAAUCAAUGGGAGUUCAUGAUCAUGAAGGAAAAUAAUGAACCAGUGAAGUUGACACAGUGGACUAUAUGCAGCAACGGUGAUCCUAACACAUUUUCUGCAGUCAUGACUGACACUGUAAUCCACCAUGGCAGAUUGGAGGCACCCUGGCAUAUAGUACGCCGAUUGAAGUUAGAUGACUACACAAAUGCUAUUUUAUACUAUGAUGGAGUUCCAGUAAUUAACAUGCAACGAGCUAUCACUAAUGACAAUCCACAUCGGUUUGUUAUUGAAGGUGAUAUAAAGUACAUGGUGGAUUUGAAGAAAAUACCUUUAGAAAAUUUCAUAAUGGUAAAUUCUUCUGCAAAAGAAGCAAGAUUGUUUAGGAAAGAUUUAUUAAUAGCAAAAAGGAACUGUGAUGAGAAUCAUGUAGCCUUCCAUGAAGGUUCUCCUAGUGAGGGGAAUGAGUUAGUCCUUCAUUCUAGAUUUGGAAUGCCAAGUUUACUUUGCAAGCCAAUCAAGGAAGAAAGGAUAGAUCUUGACUACCUAUGUGAUAGGGAGUUGGUUCAAGAGAGCUAUGAUCAAGGUGAUGAGAAUGUCAUUAACUUUGGGGUGCAAACCAAAGGAGAUGAAGACCUCGUGGAAAUAAGUACUGAAGAGUAUCAAGAGAGUUUGACUCUGUGUGCUCCAUGA